AUGACCAGACAGCUGUCGUUCCAAGACGUCAUGAAGGAUCUCGACGUAAAAAUGAAUAAACUGAAAUGUUCUGCAAAGGUAAGCAAGACAAGGAAGGAGAUCGAUCCUGGGGAAGGUGUAUCAACGGCGAAUCGGACUCCACUGCCGAUUGGAACGCUAACGGAACAAAACCUGAAACAAAUUAAGAAGGCAUUGCACAAUGCAUCUGCAGAAAGCGAUUCGGGUGACAUCGACGGUGAUGUUGAUGAAAGCGACGCAUCUAUAAAAGAAUCUGACGUUCCGUCGACCGGAAAAGCAAGAAAGAAGAGGUUUGGUGACAAGGCUAGAUGCAGCUCCAACAGUUCGAACCAACACAAUUUGUGGCUGGAGCAGCAACAAAUCAGACCAACCGCAAGAAGUGGUAUAUGUAGGAAACUUCCUAUUUUCUCUGGCAAGCCGGAAGAAUGCUCGUUGUUCUACGGAUCGUACCAAGCAUCGAAUGAAGCCUGUGGUUACACUGUUAUCGAGAAUCUGGUGCGCCUACAGGAAUGCUUAAAAGGUCCGGCUCUUGACAUGGUCCGAGGACAACUACUCCUUCCAAAAUCGGUACCUAAGGUAAUAACGAAGCUGCGACAACUAUACGGUCGACCGGAACAACUUCUACAGAGUCACCUAGAAAAGAUUCGUAGUCUGGAACCACCGAAAGCAGGCAACCUAGCUAGUUUUAUUCCAUUUAGCACUAUGGUCGAGCAGUUAUGUGAACACUUGGAAGCGGCAGAUCUCAAGCAGCAGUUGAUGAAUCCAUUGUUAAUUCAAGAUCUGGUAGAUAAACUCCCAGAUAAUGACAAACGCGGAUGGGUGCGUUUCAAGCGCGGAAAAAAGAAGGUGACACUCCGAACGUUCACGAAUUUUUUAUCAGAAAUCGUGACAGAGGCAUGCGAAGCGAAUAUCGGUCUCGAAUACAAACCUUCGGAUGACGGACGUUCGGCAGCCGGGAAUACCAGAACAAGAGGAGCGUUGUUCAAGCACAGCAAGGGAGAGAGUCAAUCGAGAAGUCCGUCCGCUGACGAUGGAAGGUGGAGAAGCUUGAACCCUUGCAGAGUGUGCAAUCGAACGAAUCACCGACUGCGUCACUGCCAAGACUUCAAAAAUCUAACAUAUUCGUAUCGGAUGAAAGUGGUUAAGCACUGGAAGCUCUGUCAGGUGUGCUUGAACAUGCAUGGGACAACACAAUGCAAAUUCAAGCUGCGCUGCCAUGUUGGAGAUUGUCGUCAGGAACAUAAUUCCCUCUUACAUCCAGUGGACGAAACGGUCGGAAUCACAGCGCAGUUUCAGACAGACAGUCCGAAGUUCCGAAUGAUUCCGGUACGCCUGCACCGUGGAGAGAAGUCGAUCACCGCACUAGCGUUCUUAGAUGAGGGCGCUUCGGUGGCACUUAUUGAACAAAAACUCGCAGACCGCUUGGGAGUAGUCGGUGUCCAGGAAAAGCUUACAAUUCAGUGGACGGCCAACAUAGAACGAGUGGAACGAAAUUCUACGCGUGCGAAUAUAUGCGUGUCGGGGAUUGAAGCAAAAAGCAAUAUGCUAUUGAGUACAGUUCACACGGUUAACAAGCUUAUGCUGCCAGCACAAUCGUUGGAUGCCAAAGAAUUAAGUUGUCAGUACAGCCAUCUACAAGGAUUGCCUAUUUCCUCCUACAACGAACGACCAGAGAUGCUGAUUGGGUUAAACAACUUACAUACUUUCGCUCCACUUGAAUCCAAGAUUGGAUCAGCGACGGAUCCGAUAGCCGUGCGAUGCCGACUUGGAUGGACGGUGUAUGGACCCAAACAAUCGUCGACUGAAGCAGCAGUUACAGGAUAUGCUAACCAUCAUGAAGGCUUCAAUAGAACUGCGCGAUGUGUACAAGCGUUUCGACGAUCACCAAAGUUGUUUAAGAAAAAUAAAUUGUUACGCGGGACCGACGAACGAGUUGGACAGGCAGUUGUAUGUGCAGCUCGAGGAGUGCAUCAGCAUGCGGUAUCCAAUUUGACGAUGAUGUAG